AUGGAAUCUACAUGUAAAGGAAGGAGUCUCCUGUACUUACUUCUCUUUGCAAUAUGCGCGGCCAGCGUUUGCUUUUGUGCAAGAAGAUCAAAUGUUCGGAGAUCUGAUCGUUUGAGUCCUCCAUUAGACAUUCAGCUAGAGACAAUCAACUGCACAGCCUUCAGUGUACGAUGGAAGAUGCCACGGCGACAUGUUAGCACCAUCACUGGAUACAAGGUCUUCUAUACAGAGAUGAGGAAUGGUCAUCCAGUGGGUACAGCAUCUUUGAUGGAGGUGCCUCUCAGCCUGGACAUGCUGACCACUGGGCAAUUUGAUGGACAAGCAAGCUUUGAUGUGGACAUUGGUAACCUAAAGGUGAACACUAAGUACAGAGUCAGUGUUGGAGCUUAUGGCUGGGCAGGGGAGGGUAGGCCCAGCAUGCCCAGAGACAUCAGCACCGCCUCACAUGAAAUGUGCAUGCCCCCAUCGCCCCCCACUCAGCCUGUUGUCAUGGCUGUAUCUGACACAGAGCUGGCGUUGUCAUGGCAGCAAGGAGAGAGCGAGGGUAGCGCACCUGUCCUUCACUUCCUGGUGGCUUACAUCAGGCCAGAAAUGGACACGGAGUGGACGUAUAUUCGUGAGCCCAUUGAGACUAACUCCAUGGUUUUGAAGGGGUUAAUACCGGAAACGGAGUACCAGUUUGUUGUCCGGGCGGUCAAUGUGCACGGGGUUAGCCCACCCAGCCACAUCAACAACCCUGUGCGCACUCUUGGCGCAUCAGAAGUUGGCAGUGGGGAUUAUGGGCGUUACAUCACAGACUCCGGGAUCAAAGAUGAUGAUGGCUUUGACAUUGAUGACUCCGAUUAUGAUAUCUUUAUUGAAGAGUUGAAGCCAUUCCCAGGUAUCAGUCAGGACAACAGGAAAUCCCAGCUCCGUUCACGUUCUGGUCCACCGUCUGGUCGGAACGUUGUUUACCGUAUGAACACCAUCGCUCCUCCCAAUGUCACUGUCCCACCAGUUUCCACCACCACCACCACCCCCAGCUCGUCCAUCUUCCCAGACUUCUCAGAUCUGGUCUUCCCCACCACUUCAGAGCCCAGUACCAAUCCUGACACCACAACUACUGCCCCACUUACCACUACCAGCAUCACUGUGCCCACCACCACUACCACCCCAACCAUGUCACCCUGGAAAGGUGACAUACCUCGCAUGUAUGACCUGACCUGCGAUGAUACUGUGUGUCCCCCCGACAGCUUCUGUCUCAGUGAUUAUGACAGUGGAGGUUCACGUUGCCACUGUAACCUCGGAAGAAGAGGGGACACUUGCUCCGAGGUGGUAUCGGUGAACUUUCCCAGGUUCUACGGCUACUCUCACAUGACUUUAGAACCCUUGAAAAACUCUUACCAGACCUUUCAGAUCACUUUGGAGUUCAAGGCAGACUCUGAGGAUGGCUUGCUGCUAUACUGUGGGGAGAACGAACACGGCCGUGGAGACUUUACCUCUUUGGCUCUGGUGCGAGGCAAGCUGCACUACAGGUUUAACUGUGGUACAGGAGCAGCUCAGAUAGUUAGCGAGAGUCGUGUAGUUCUUGGUCAGUGGCACACAGUAACUGUCUUCAGAGACGGCAUGAGCGGCUGGCUCCGUAUGGACAACGACACCCCUAUAUCUGGACGCUCACAGGGACAGUACACAAAGAUCACCUUCCGCUCGCCGCUGUAUGUGGGGGGAUCCCCGAGUGCUUAUUGGCUGGUCAGGGCGACGGGGGCAAAUCGUGGUUUUGUUGGCUGCAUUCAGAGUCUGAUCAUCAACAACAAAGCCACAGAUAUCAGACCCUGGCCUCUGGGCAGAGCUCUGAGUGGAGCUGAUAUAGGUGAGUGCAGCGACACUGUGUGUGACCUGGUCAGCUGUGCCAAUGGCGGUGUCUGUUUUGCAAACCGUGCUGACGGCUACAUCUGCCUGUGCCCACUCGGCUUCAGGGGAGCACUUUGCGAAGAGAGUUUCUCACUGUCCUCACCACUCUUCAAUGAGACAGUGUUUUCGUACGCUGUCCUCCCCUGGCCUCAGUCCUCUCAGAGUUAUCUGUCCUUCAUGGAGUUUGAGCUGACGUUUCGGCCAUCGAUGCCCGACGGGAUGCUGCUGUACAGUGAUGAUGCAGGCAGUGGAGACUUCCUGGCUAUAAACCUGGUGGACAGAUAUGUAGAGUUCAGAUUUGACUGCGGCUCCGGAGGAUCAGUCAUAAGGAGUGAGGAGCAGAUCAGUCUGGACACUUGGCACGAGCUGAGGGUGUCCCGCACAGCAAAGAGCGGUAUCCUGCAGGUGGACAGCCAGAGGCCAAUGGAGGGAAUUGCUGAGGGAGCUUUCACUCAGAUCAACUGCAGUUCACCUCUCUAUAUUGGAGGAGUACCAGAAUAUGAUAAAACCAAGAGGACGGCAGGUGUAAUAAAGCCCUUUACUGGAAUUAUACAGAAGCUGGUUCUCAAUGACCGCACCAUCCCAAUAACAACUGGCUCCGCUGGUGGUGUCAAUGUUGCAAACUCAGCACACCCAUGUGUGGAAAGUCCCUGUGCCAAUGGAGGGACCUGCAGGCCAAAGUGGGAUGGAUAUGAGUGUGACUGCCCCCUAGGGUAUGAUGGCAGGCACUGCCAGAAAGAGUGUGGGAAUUACUGUUUGAACACUGUGACUGAAGCCAUUGAGAUCCCACAGUUCAUUGGGCGAAGUUACCUGAACUACGACAACAGCGAUAUCCUUAAAAGGGUUUCUGGGUCCAGGACCAACCUUUUCAUGCGUUUUAAGAGCACAGCCAAAGAUGGCUUGUUGCUAUGGCGAGGAGACAGUCCAAUGAGACCCAACAGUGACUUCCUGUCCAUGGGGCUUCAAGAUGGUGCACUAAUCUUCAGUUAUAAUCUGGGCAGUGGUGCAGCUAACAUUGUUGUCAACGGGACCUUUAGUGAUGGAAAGUGGCACAGAGUCAAAGCUGUGAGGGACGGCCAGUCAGGGAAGCUGACAGUGGAUGACUAUGGAGCAAAGACAGGCAGGUCACCUGGCAAGAUGAGGCAGCUCAAUAUCAACGGGCCUUUAUAUGUUGGUGGCAUGAAAGAGAUAGCUCUUCACACAAACAGGCAGUACAAUGGAGGCUUGGUGGGCUGCGUGUCCCACUUCACGCUCUCCACUGAUUAUCACUUAGCACUGGUGGAGGAUGCUGCUGACGGCAAGAACAUCAAUACUUGCUCCAACUAG